CUCCACUGCAGUAAAUGAGCUGGUUUUGAUUCGACGAAGAAGAGACCCGGAAGUAAGUCUUUUGUGGGUCCAUGUGGCGCUAUUAACUCGUUCAUUCAUUCUUGGAACGGCAAUUCUGGUCAUGCUGAAUGUUAAACGUUCUUAAUAAUCACGUAAAUUAUUGUGGUUUUCUCCCUGUGACGGUGUCUGUAAAGUGUGCAAGAACUAAGACGUGAGCUAGCUUACUGGGAUACUGCGUUCGAGUUGAUUUGAGAGUCUUUGCUGCGAGUACGAAGACGAUCAAAAGCAUAAUCUUAAUGAAAAGUGCUGUAGAUACGAGCAUGAUCAAGGAAAACCGGUGGCACAUACCUCCUAAUGCUCCAGCGUGCAUGGAGAAACAUCUGUGCUCGGCGCAAUACAGAGCAGGUGAGUAACAACAAGACGAGCUAGCUGGUGGUGAGGAGAGUCAAAACGUGCAGAAGUUUGUGUUUAUUCACUUUUCUGUAGAUGUCCACGGGUUGUUUACUGGAUUUGAGAUGCCAGGUUGUUUCUAUUCAUGCUAAAGUGUGCACGCUUGCAGGUGGAUCGAUGGCACAUACAGUAUGUCUAGCAGGUCUUUAACUCUUGACUGUGGUUUAGUCCAUCGAUGGGACGCUUCUUGACUUUGAGUGACUUUUGAGUACAAUUAUUUUAGCUCAUAGAUGUAGAGUGAUGUUGAAAUUUUAAAUCGCUCUUUUUCUUCAUUUGUGAAUGACUCUCUUCUCAGAUGGCACCUUGCUGCUCGGUGCCUCGAGCCUUACUGGCAGGAGCUGGCAGGGAUCAGUUUGGAUCUACAGUGACCCUAUGCAGGCCCCCAAUGAGGAGCAGUGCAAAGCUGGUGUGCAAACUGAGGCUGGAGUUACAGAUGUCAAAUGGGUAACAGAGAAGGGGGUUGUUGUGGCAUCUGACUCAGGUAAGGCACAUUAAAGGAAUUUUCCAGCAUAAAUUAAUUUAGGGUCAAGCACACCGUAACACUGAGUUAGACACCCCCUCGAGAGAUGAAUGUUGCAGAUUACUUGCUUCUCUAGUUAUACCAACUUUAGUAAAGACCGCAGGAUAGCAGUACACAGCGGUCUGAGGAGCCAUAAACAAAUCUCAACCCAAACGCCACUCUAUAGCCACAAAUAAACUUCAUCAGCAGAACAUAUAGGGUCCCAGCCAUAGUACUAGCCACCAAACAUCUUUUUCAAUCAAUCAAUCAAUCAAAUUUUAUUUAUAUAGCGCCAGUUCACAACAGUCGUCAUCCCAAGACGCUUUUUUAAAGAACAAGAGCAGGUCUAGACCACGCUCAUUGUUUGAUGAUCAAGAACCAACCUAAGAUGGGUUUUGGCCCAUUUCGUCUAACAUGAGUAGCAGUGGCAAGAAGAAACUUCCUUUUAACAGGCAGAAACCUUGAGCAGGACCCGACUCAUGCCAGACAGCCACCAUGCCGCUGCUGGGUUGGGGAGGAAUGUAGAGAGAUAGGGGGAGAAAGAGAGAACAAGAUAAGGGGAAGGAGAGAGAGAAUGAGUAGGGAGGGGGAGGGAGAGAGAGUAGAGAAUGAGGGUGAGAAAGAGACAGGGGACAACCACAACAACAGCUCAUGUAAUGGUGAAACAAAAUGAAUUCACUUUUUAACUUUGACUAAUUUCUUUAGCAGACUAAACACAACUCACCUACUCUCUUCCAGCAGCCGCUUGUUUGUAGCGAGACCUCAGGCCAGUCCAUUACAGACGGCAGCGGGGUGACGCAGCUCAAGGAAGAACAUUUAUGAUCAUUACUUUCUCAUUUUCUUUGAGUAAUAAUUAUCAUAUUAAUCAUUUUGCACUGCAGACGCGGUAGUUCUUCUGCCUCAGUGUCUCGGUCUGAUUGCAUUUCUAUGAAAAAAUUAUCAUAAAUGUUCUUUCUCGUGCUGCGUCACCCCGCAGCACGAGGCCAGUCCAUUCCGUAAUGGACUGGCCUAAGGGCUCACUACAAACAAGCAGCUGCUGAAAGAGCGUAGGUGAGUUGUGUUUAGUCUCUUUGCUAAAGAAAUUAGGGAAAGUUAAAAAGAUGUUUGGUGGCUAGUACUAUGGCUGGGACCCUAUAUGUACUGUUGAUGAAGUUAGGUGCUGUUCUGAGCAUUAUUUGUGGCUAUAGAGUGGUGUUUUGGUUGAGGUUUGUGUGUGGCUCCUCAGACUGCAGUGUAUUGCUAUCAUGCAGUCAUUACAAAAGUUGGUAAAAUUAGAGAAACAAGUGGUCAGCAACAUUCAUCUCUCAAGGGGGUGUCUAACUCAGUGUUAGGGUGUGUUUGACCCUAAAUAAAUUUUAUGCCGGAAUAUCCCUUUAACAAUUAUUACAAAUGUAGCCUUGAGUUUUAGACUGGAUCGUUAAAGUGAAUAUCACUUUACUGGUCUCUGGGCAGGUGCACUGGAGCUCUGGGAACUGGCAGAAGAUGAGCGCCUGCUGGUAAAUCGCUUCACCAAACAUGAGCACGACCAUAUUGUCACCACAGUGAGCCCAGUCACAGGAGCAAACAGUGCUGUCACUGGUAGCAUGGACUGCAGGUUAGAACUUUUUGGACUCUUGUAUAUCAGUGCAGAACAGAAAAAUAUUGAUUUUCUAUGCUUUUAUCUAGAACAUGAGGAUUUUACCCCUUUUAGCCUAAUUUCGCCUCAUUUCCUACAGAAUUAAAGUCUGGGACCUUGGUCAGGAAACAGUUGUUACUACCUAUAAUGGUAAGGAGUCAUCUUAUAUUUGCUGUUGGAAAAUCUAGAUAGUGCUAAAAGAAUUGGAGUUAAGUUCUAUAGACUUUAUUUUUUCCCCAAAAAAUACCAGUCUUAUGUAUUCGAGUAAGAUAACUAUUCUCUUUGUAAAUUAUAACAUCUUUUUAUUUGCAAACAUGCCCCAUGUUUAGAAGCGCAACUAAAAUUCUAAAAUAAUCCAAAGCUUGGACUAAAAAAAGUAUUUACCUAGAUGCCACAACCAAAUAUGUUUUUUUUUUCCCCCCCAUUAGUCCACACGCAGCCAGUCAACUGUGUCACCUGCAGUCCUACAGACGAGUCUCUCUUCAUCUCCUGUGGUCAAGUAAGUAACCAAUCAACACUUUGCACACAAAACACUGAUGAAAAUCAAUGGAGAUAGACAGGGAGACACGUUGCUACAUAUAAUAAAAUGCAUGUCACUAAGGAUCUACUAGUUCGAGAAAAGGAUGCAUUAAGUGAUGCAUUUGCUGAAUCACUGUUCACGUAGUAUCAAACCUCACACAGGAAGCACAGUGGUUUGUAGUGGAUGUAGGGCAUACCUUAAAUCUUAUAACCCAAUAAACUUCUGGCAGUUAUACAGAUCAUUAGACUGCAAAGGACUUCGCAGAGAGCUGUCAGUCUUCAUUACCUCUCUUCAAACGUAACCUAUUUUUCUUCCGUCUGUCUGUCUGUCAGGAUGGCCGUGUGCUGAUGUGGGACAGGAGGAAGCCGAACAAACCCGCCACGAGAGUAGGUGAGUAACAGGUUUUGCCAGGUUGUUGAUGGUGCUGGAAUUACAUUUGCAACAGUGGAGACUUAUGUCACACCUCUUUCAAAAACACAGCAAGCAGAUUUAAUAGCUUAAAGCCAGUAUGAAUAUUUUUUUGUCUCUUGUGAUUUCUGCAACUGCGAAUUGAAUCCAAGAGUGCAAGACUUGGAAAGAAUAGUGAAUUCGCCUGUUCACUGUCAUGCUGAGCAGGUUAGAAUAUGUCCAUUGCAAAUAAAUGAAACUGUAUAUCAAUCUGAUGCUUGAUCACAACUCAUCAGAAAUCAUUAAGACAAAUCAGUUUGACAUAAAUGUUGACAGUUAUGUGGUCAUACUAAGGGCCACCUAGUCGCCGUUUGGCUGAUUUAACAAGCCUGAUCUUGUGACUAAUGCUAUCAGAAUGUAAAAGCCUGGCUGGGUGACUUAAUGAUAUUCAUCUUGUCAAGACAAAGUCAUUGGUGGUUAUGCAAAUUCUGUCCUAACAUUGAUAUAAUUUGUGUUCAAACGUAGAGUCUCCCAGUUGCUCCCCCACCACCGCAGCUUGGCAUCCCCACCAAAGAAGCACCAUCGCUUUUGGUAAGUCCCAGCAGCAGGUUACUGACUGACAGAAACUGGCGGUCCCUUUAUGUAUGAUCAUGGUUAUUGUGCCUCAGGUGAUGAGAUGGGCAGAGUGACUGUGAAGGAUUUCCUGGGAACAGAGCCAGUCAGGGUGGAGAAGGUCCACAACCGCAGAGUCAGUGGACUUGCUUUCUCUACUCACAGGUAAACAAAAUGAAAUGCUGAUAUACACAUAGCUAUUUCAAUACAUGUUACCUCUACAAAUCUUGGAUUAUUUCUUUUAAUUCCCAGUUCUUCCUUACUGGCCUCGAUCAGUGACGACUGUUCCCUCGCUGUUUUGAACUCAGAUCUGCGUGAAAUGUAAGUAUUUGCACUUGUAAACCUUGGCAGUCUUUUGUACCAGUAAAAAAUAAUUGAUCAGGUGUUUAUAUUUUCUCAUAGACUUAGAGAUCGACGACACCAGGACUUUGUCAAAGGUGUGUGCUGGCUCCAGGGUGGUUCUAAUUCUCUCACAACCAUUGGCUGGGAUCACCUUGUGCUUCAUCACACAGUGGGUCCAGCUGCAGGAGUGCUCAACUCCUCUUAGACCCCACAGGUGAUCAUACACGGGAAGAGCUCAGUGUUGAAUAACUUCUGUGCCCCCUGUUUUUGAGGGGUUCUGUGUUCAAUAUGUUAUUCAAGCUAGAUCUGUUUAUGAUAUUUGACGACCCCCCCGCCCCCAUCUCAGCUUUGAUGCUUACUCCUCAACUCCAGAACAGUCUCUCUGCUGUUCUAAUACCAUGUGGCAUUUUGCUGUGUAAUUAAACUCAAGGCACCCAUUUGUAUUUCAUUAUUUUACAUUAAAGGUUAACUUAAUGUUGUGAUAGCAAGAGACGAUUUGAUGUUUGUGGUCUUCGAUUUCUAUUUUAUGCAGACAACCGUCAAAUUAUGGAAGGAAAGUGUAGCUGAAAGUACAGGGGAUGAUGUUCCAAUGGGUAUAUUUGAAUACAGUGUACCAAAAAAAAGUUGGCAUCCACUGUGUGACUGAUUCUGACCCCAUUAACCCAUUCCUGAUAAACAGGGUAGUGUGUUAGCCUUCCCUAUGUGUCAAGUGUUGGCAGUCUACUCAGACGUUAACAAGAUUACAUGUGUUAUUUACACUGUCAGUGGCAGCUUUGGUGUUGUGGCUAAUCUGCAGUCUGAUGCGGUGGACUGGACUUGACGCACUGUAAAUCAGUUUCACGUGAUACCAGCACAAUCUAAUAAACAUUAUCAUUGUAGUAAUGCUAGUAAGUAGGACAGCAUUUAUCAGGAUAAUUUACAACACCAGGCAAUAAGAUAGCCAACGAAAACAAGCCCUUUAGCAGCAUCUAAUUUAACCUACAUUAUACCUUUUCAAAAUAAAGUUGAUUCAUCAGCAACAUUUUUUGAAGUUUUAAACAAAACUAUGAGCCAGUUGAACACGACUAGUAAGGAUUAUAAUGGCCUUUUUCCACACAAGAUUUUAGGGAUCAAAAUAACUUGAUUUUUUGCUGUCAUUUAAGACAAUAUCCCCUCUAUAAAAUGUAGAAACUGAAACAUUGUCCAGAACACAGAUCUUCCUGCUGGGUAUGUAAAAUAACCAUUAGAUUUUGAACCACCAUCAAGAUUGCUUCUUGGAGUGCUUUUCAAGCCACAAUAAAUGAAUGAUUGGACUGUU